CCCGGGCAGAGCAGCCGGUUCUCGCUCUACAGCACAGUUGCAUACACACGCGCACACACAGAAGCUUCCAUUGCUUUGAUACGUCGUAGAUACCACUACCAGCUAGCUAGCUAGAUAUACUAGAGAGUCAUAUAGAGUAUGGGUUCUUGGAAGCGCACCAUCACGUCGCCGUUCAGGAAGGCCUGCACCAUCCUCAGCCCGCAGAACGGCGGCAGCAGGAGCGACGACCAGCACGGCGGCAGCGUCAACGACGGCAAGAAGACGCCGCGCACGCGCCACCACCUCAAGCGGUCCGGAGCGGCGGGGGCGGCGGCCAUGGCGCAAGGCGAGGUGGUGGAGAGCCCGUCGACGACGGCGCAGCUCUACGGCGACGUGAUGGCGUGCGCCUACGAGGACGUGCAGGUCAUGUGGUCCAUGCUCGACAACAAAGCCAAGGUCGUCGACACCGCCGCCUCGUGACCUCGCGCUGCGUCCACCAUCACAGACGAUCGAUCGAUGGGUCGAGGAGUUCCAUCAUCGAUCCAGUACAUACUACUGCUACACCCACUGCAUUCAGAGUCUCCGGUGCUCAAUCUGAAGACCGUCGACGACGAGUCCUGAGACUCUUCUCCGUUUUGUUUUUGUUGAGCCCGAAAUGAAUCCCCGGCACUGGCAUGGUACCUAAUUAAUUAAGCUGUAAGGUGCUAGCUAGCUUGGAGUGAUUUGAUGGAUUGCCGCCACAGCGUUAGGAUGGAUCUUUGAUCAUUGAGGGCAUGUUAUCCUUUUCUCUUCCUUUUUGGUGUCACAGAUGGAUGUAUUCGGGCAUGCAGCAUCCGAUCCGCCAAUCAAUGAGGAGAGUUUUUGAA